AAUGUUUCAGUACACAAUGCGACAUUCAAACAUCCCCCUCUAAGCUGGUACGCAUGCCAUUGGCCGAUGAUAAUGUGCUGUGAUGUGAUUGGCUAGCUGCCGAAGCAGCUGUUACAGCGUGAGUGGGAUGCGGCCAUUGUGAACGGCUCCCUCGUGCGACGUGCGUGAGGUUAGGCUGUGGAUUAGGCAACGAAUUUAUAAUAAAGAGAUACUAACGGAUUACGAAUUGUGAUAUAUAUUGGUUGUGUGAGGUCACUGAAUAUCUGUGAAUAAUUCAUAAUCCAUCGGAUCAUCAUAUCUCCGCACACGUAUGCGAAAAUCAAAUUUACAUGCAUUCGCGUUCGAUCACUGUACUUACCCGCCAAAGCCGGCACCAACACUACUGUAAGGUGAUAUUAUAAACAACGGUUCUUUAGAUUUAAACAAUAGCUGCACUAACAGCACUUUAUUGUAUAACAAUGGAGCCGCUGAAGAUCCAUCUCGAUGCAUUGGAGAUGGCUGGAAAAAUGCUCGACAAACACAUAACAGCCGAUAGCAAUUUUCCAUCCCUAAUAAAUCUUAUGCACUACAACGCACAAGGUGGUCCAACAGUCAGCGGUCUUGACGAUCAUGAUUAUCCUAAUAUAAGCGGCACACCGAUCAGCUUUUCAACCAUUAAUCAGAUGAGAAUGCAUGGCAAAGUUCCAUUGCCAUCUGAAGUGAUGGAGCACUUCGGCCAUAUGCAAUGUCAUUGUAUGAUGGGCUUAUUCACCGAUAUCUCAAAGGCCUGGCUAACAAUCGAUAGUGAUAUUUAUGUCUGGUCUUACGAAAAUGGGGCCGACGUGGCUUAUUUUGAUGGACUCAACGAGACAAUAAUAAGUGUUGGGUUGGUCAAACCGAAACCAGGAAUAUUUCAGAGUUAUGUCAAAUAUUUAUUGAUUCUGACGACCACGAUCGAAAUAUCUGUACUUGGUGUGACGUUUUCGGAUACCAAUGAUGGAAAACCAGGAGAAAUGCAGCUCGUGCCUGAGCCAAUAUUCGUAGUCCCUACCGAUGGAAUAGCCAUUACAACUAUAGCUAAUACCAAUAGUGGACGAAUAUUUCUUGGUGGCAGAAACGGCUCACUUUACGAGAUAUAUUACCAGGCCGAAAGCUCGUGGUUCGGUAAGCGUUGCAAAAAAAUAAACCACUCCGAAGGUCCGCUAUCGUUUUUGGUACCAUCGUUUGUCACAGUUGCCUUGUCUGAAGAGGAAGCAAUUGUCCAAAUAUCUGUCGACGAUAGUAGAAACAUUUUAUACACCCUUGGUGAUAAGGGUACCAUAGCCGUCUGGGAUAUAGACAAAGGAAACGCAUCAAAAAUUACCUCUGUAUCUCAAGCUUCUCUGGUCCAAAAUGUUGUCCAUGUUGUGAAAACACUGGAUAGCAAUAAUUUCCGACCUCUGGUCAGCAUAUCUGCUAUAGCGGAAUCAGAAUCCAUUCAUCUCAAUUUAGUUGCCGUUGCAGCAACUGGGACGCGCUUUUAUUUGUCCUGCAGUUCAAUUGCAAAUCCGUCUAGUAGACCACAUUGUCUUCAACUGAUACAUGUCAGACUUCCACCGGGAUAUGCAGCUAAUGCUCCCAUUUCGAGGCCAAGAAAAGUUCAAAUGGCACACUACAGAAAAGGCACGCUUCUUCUAAUCUGCGGCGGAGAUACAGAAACGGCAUGGUGCUUGAGCAACGAUGCUUAUCCAUUCACUAACUACUUGGCUGAAACGCAGAGCGUUUUGCCAUUAGAUAGCCCUGCUUGGGCCAUGGCUGAGAUCCCUGGAGAAACGGUUGUUCAUAUUGAGAAACAGACUAACCCACAUGGAGAUCCUCCUCUACUGGUCAGGCAGCACAUGGAAGCACCUCGUAAAUUCAUAUUUUUAACAGCACAGGGUGCUAUAAUACUGGUUCAAGUACGACCUGUGGAUAUUCUGAGACAACUUUUGUUGGAACAACGUGGGCCAGACACUGAAGCUGUACGAACGUACUUCCAAAAUCAAUCUGCUGAGCAAGCAUGUGCUACCUGCCUCAUCCUAGCUACGCUUGAAAGUUCUCAGAAUGCCCAGCUCUCCGACUGGGCAACAAGAGCCUUCUUUUUGUACGGUGCUCAGAAAAUCCCAACAUUUCCCAGUGGCCUUGACUCUCAUUAUGGGUUCUCUACUUCGCAAACUGGGGAUCUUCGCACAUCUACACCUCGUGCUCAAGGAUUUGAUGCAAGAUCUCCGAUUCACAGACUACAUUCACAAAUGCGAACUAACCCAGAUAAAGCACUUCAACAAUUUUCAGGAAAACAUGGCGGCCUAUAUCUUUAUGUCGGAAGAAUACUCCGCCCAAUAUGGAAUGUUCGUUGCAUUAAACUAGAAACUGUAAACAACAAGGUUCAGAUUCUGAGCACUAUACCGUCUGCAGAUAUUGGAUGGAUUCUAGGUCAUCUACAGGCACUAAGAGCUUUCUUAAAUAAAAAUACUAACAUUUCUAAACAGCACAAUACCACCAGGAAUCCAUCUAACGGGUUUGAAAGCACUAUGUCACCGCAUUUUCAAGAGCCUAUCAUAGAAGAACGUAAUUCCCUUGAUGCUCUUAAGGUAUUUAUUACUCACGCCUGCGAAGUUCUAGGCUUGUGGAGGAUACUGUGUGAAAAUCAACUCCAUAAUAUUGUCAGCUGUCUGACAAAGGAUCAAAUUAAUCAAUUUACAACGGCUACAUACAGAGACCUGAUUUUAAUCGGCCAUGAAAUAUCCUCCCUGCUUAUCAUUCAUCUAAUUGAUAGCUACCUGGGAGACAAUGCCUCAAUUGAUGCAGUCAGCUCGAAACUACGUGAGGUUUGCCCAAAUCUCUACAGAAAUGAAGAUGCUGUCUGUUCUAAAGCGAACGAGAUUAUUUUAAAAGCAAAGAGCUGUGUAAGUCCAGAAGAAAAAGACAGUUACUUGCAAUCUGCAUUAAAGCUCUGUAAGGAAGUAGCUCCCCACCUCAAUUUAGGAGCAGUUUGCCAGCAGUUUGUGGCAUGCCAAUUUUAUUUCGGUGUCCUUGAAUUAUGCCUCUGUUGCGCAGAGAGGGUCGAUCCGAAUAACGCUGCUCUACACUAUUACAAAAACAAUGAGCCAGCUGACGAUCAAGAGGGGAACCUUGCAUAUGUCAAACGGAUUGAGAUUUACAAAGAAUUUACCGCGAUGUUAGAUCAUCUCUAUAAUCAAAGUAUAUCUAAUCCAUUAACGCCAACUGUACCGAGUAAACCUGGACCCCCACAACAUAACAACUCAACAACAUCAGUUCCGGCAAAAGAAGUGUUACACGAAAUUAUAGAUGAUGGACUAAAUUCCCCGUGUGAAAUACUACACACUUCAAUUUAUUCUUGGAUGAUAGAUCGAGGAUUACAUGGUGAACUCGUAGCUCUUCCUGUGACUUCAUUAGAAGCGUAUCUAAUACGAGUUAACGCACCAGAACUUUUGUGGCAAUAUUAUGAAAGAAAUAAGAACCAUGCUGCCGCAGCAAAAAUCCUCGAUGCCUUGGCGUCAAAAGGCGGGCUAGAAGUGCCUUUGGCACAGAGAGUCGAGUAUCUUGCACGUGCUGUUGUGUGCAUGCGUAGUGACCAAGUUGGUUACGCUCCUCAUCUUGGAAUUUUCCUUAGAGAGUUAGAAGACAAGUUGGAAGUGGCUCGAAUACAACAGCAGAUAUUGGAUACGAUUUGCAGUUUGCAACAGUCGCUAAAUUCACAAAAUGUGAACUCUGUGCAAUUCGAUGAAAUGCGAUUAAAUUCGUCUCUUCUUGAUAUAACACAGUUGUACGAAGAAUAUGCAGAACCUCUUCAAUUAUGGGAAUGCAAACUUGCUAUUAUACAUUGCUCUGGUCAUCAAGAUUCUAUGUUAAUACAGGGAAUUUGGACCAAUAUAAUUGAAAAUGAGUUGAAGAAUGCUAAUGCACCCUCCGCUGAAGAUAAAAUGGCAAUUCUGAUGAGUAAAAUAAAACUUCUUGGCCAAGAGUAUUCAGGAACACCUCAUUGUUUUCCAAUUGAUUUUCUGAUAAAGCAACUAGAAUUACGAGCCUGCAGAUUAAGAGUCUCAAACAGCCAUAUAAUAGCAGGCUUCUUACAAUUGGGUGUUUCCAUAGAAGAUCUUCUGGACUUAUAUGACAAAAUGAUUGGAGGAAAUGACCGUACUUGGCUGACUGAAGGAAACGAGUUUCACCUGAUCGAAUCAACUGCCAAUUUAGUGAAUUAUUUUGCAACGAACUCUAAUAUUACAAACACAUUUACCAGGAGAAAAAUUACGGCUAAAUGCCAAGACGUGAUUUCGAAGUGUUUAACUACGGUAUACGCUAAACCUAACACAGAUGAAUUAAUAAGUAAACUGCGGUCGAUACUGAGCGUGUUGAAUCGGAUGUAAUUCGCAGUUUGUCUAACACGGCGUCAUGAUUUGGUGUUAGAACAGAAAAGGUAUCAAAAUAAAUCAACAAGACUUUGCAUUUUUUAAAUAAA